AUUUCCGCCUCCAAUGUAAUUCCUUUCCUGUCUACGGCCUACAGCAAUAUGGCGGUGCAAAUCUCCAAGAAGAGGAAGUUUGUCUCUGACGGAAUCUUCAAGGCCGAGCUGAACGAGUUUUUGACUCGUGAGCUUGCCGAGGAUGGAUACUCCGGUGUGGAGGUUCGCGUGACCCCAACCAGGACCGAAAUCAUUAUCUUGGCCACAAGGACCCAGAAUGUGCUGGGUGAGAAGGGCCGUCGCAUCAGGGAGCUGACCGCUGUGGUUCAGAAGAGGUUUGGCUUCCCUGAGGGCAGUGUGGAGCUGUAUGCUGAGAAGGUGGCCACUCGUGGUCUCUGUGCCAUUGCCCAGGCUGAGUCUCUGCGCUACAAGCUGCUGGGAGGUCUGGCUGUACGCAGGGCUUGCUAUGGUGUGCUGAGGUUCAUCAUGGAGAGUGGUGCUAAGGGAUGUGAGGUGGUGGUCUCUGGCAAGCUGAGGGGCCAGAGGGCCAAGUCCAUGAAGUUUGUGGACGGCCUGAUGAUCCACAGCGGCGACCCCGUCAACUACUACGUCGACACAGCUGUCCGCCACGUUCUGCUGAGGCAGGGUGUGCUGGGGAUCAAGGUGAAGAUCAUGCUGCCAUGGGACCCCAGUGGCAAGAUUGGCCCCAAGAAGCCCCUGCCCGACCACGUCAGCAUCGUGGAGCCCAAGGAGGAGACCCUGCCCACAACACCCAUGUCUGAGCAGAAGGGAGCCAAGCCCGAGGCACCCGCCAUGCCCCAGGGAACCCCAGUACCCACCGCAUAGAGAGGGUUUUUACCCCCCCAACAGAUGGAAGCAAGACCUUGUGAUUUUUCUGUACAAAAACAAUAAAAUCCAGAAAAUAAA